CCUGCCUGCUCCAGGAAGAUGGCGGCUCCUUUGGUGCUGGUAGUACUGGUGUCCGUGACUAUAAGGGCUAUUUUGUUUCGGUCCAGCUUGGCAGGGUUUAUCUCUGAACGGGUGGAGGUCGUAUCUCCGUUGAACUCAUGGAAGAGAGUGGUAGAAGGUAUGUCACUUUUGGACCUCGGAGUGUCCCCUUACUCUGGAGAUGUCUUUCACGAAACCCCACUCAUGAUAUAUCUCUUCCACUUCCUUGUUGAUUACGCAGAGAUUGUGUUCAUGAUAACAGAUGCUCUUACAGCUGUUGCACUUUACCUGGCUGUUCAAGAAUAUAAUAAAAUAACGUUUAAAACGCAGAAGCUGUACUUGGAGCUCAAUAAAUAUGCAACAGGAAGCCAUGAACUUCUCAGGGUUCCGACAGAAAUGUACUAUAUCCCUCUAAAAGUAGCACUCUUCUACUUGUUGAAUCCUUAUACAGUUCUAUCCUGUGUGGCCAAAUCCACGUGUGCCAUUAACAAUGCAAUCAUUGCUAUGUUUGUCCUGGCUACUGUCAAAGGUAGCCCACUGUUAAGUGCUGUGUUUCUUGCUUUGGCAACCUACCAGUCUCUGUACCCAAUCACCUUAUUCACGCCGGCUCUCCUCUACUUGCUUCAGAGGGAAUUUAUCCCAGUGAAGAUGAAAAGUGCUGAAUUCUGGCUUUUCUCCUGUCAAUAUGCCUCCCUGUACAUAGGCUCUCUGUUCAUCUUGAUUUGUCAUUCGUUCUUCCUGCUAAACUCCUGGGAUUUUAUUCACUCUAUAUAUGGCUUCAUACUUUCAGUCCCAGAUUUGACUCCAAACAUUGGUCUGUUUUGGUAUUUCUUCGCUGAGAUGUUUGAACACUUCAGUCUGUUCUUCGUCUGCGUCUUUCAGAUCAACGUUUUUUUCUAUACCGUGCCUCUCACCAUCAAGCUUAAGGAACAUCCCUUUUUCCUGUUGUUUAUACAGCUAGCGAUCAUCUCCAUCUUCAAGUCUUAUCCCACAGUGGGUGAUGUGGCUUUAUACAUGGCCUUCCUACCUGUAUGGUCUCACCUCUCUCGAUUCCUUCGAAACCUCUUCUUCGUAUCCUGCAUGCUGAUGGUGUGCUCGCUGCUUUUCCCGGUCCUAUGGCACUUGUGGAUAUAUGCAGGUAGUGCUAAUUCCAACUUCUACUAUGCCAUCACUCUAUCGUUCAACGUAGGGCAGAUUCUUCUGGUGUCAGACUAUUUUUAUGCAUUUUUAAGAAGAGAGUAUCACCUUCAACAUGGUCUCUAUAUAAUGAAAAAGGAUGGAACUGAAGCCACUUUGAUUUUGAAAUAAACCGCUGGAAGACACUAGGAAGCCGGUAUGAAUCAAGGGACAUUAUGAUAUGAUGGGGGCAGGAUCCCCCCAUGCUAUGCAUGGAGACCAUUAAGUGUCACAUGAAGCUUGUCCGUACAGGGUUCCUAAAAGGAGAUUGACAUCUGAAGAUGACUGUGUUUUGUCACUUUUUUUAUAAUCGAAGAUUUUCAAACCGCAAUGUAAACCUGGGAUUGUUUUUGCCUUUCUUCUACCAACUCACACAGUAUUAACCUCUGCUGAGGGUGGUAUAUUACUUGGGAAAGUCUGUGAUAGAUGGGGAUUUAUGGAUUGAAUUUCAAGGUGGUAGUCAUUGCUGUGAUGAUUUUGGUUCAGGACUUCCUAUUACAGUCCAGCAAUAGGCAGUUCUGUUCUGUGCCCUGUAAAUCGAGACUGCAAAAAAUGUACUGUUCAUACAGCUGAGAGGGUAAUGACUGUCCCAGUAAAUUUCUGCCUUCGUGGCUGGAUGGGGAAUGGUUUAUUUGAGUUGUUUUAGCCUAUUUUAUUACUAUUCUCAUGCAUGGCUUUUUUUUUUCUUUUUUCCAAGAAUCAUUAGGUGAAAGGGUAUUUUAAACCCACUGGAGGUGAGCCUGUCCCAAUUCUUAAUGUUAUAGGGAUGGUAUGGGAUGUGGUCAUUAUAACCAACUUGCAUGUAAGAACAGGAUGGAUGUGGCAAGUUCACUUGCUAUUGCCUACUUCUCAGAAUGUUUGUGUGUUUACCUGAAGUGCUCCGCUUUCUGUCCGCCUCUGUUCUGGGGCGGACACUUAUUCUCUGAUACCAGUUGGAGAAUCGCAGUUUGGUCUCUUCUGGCCUUAAUAUUGUAGCACUCCAUUUCAGAAUGAUUACCUUGACUGUAAAAUCAAUGUGUACCGCUCGAUGGAACACUCCCUGUGGUAGAAACUUCAUAUGUUCCCAUUUUAGCAUAGUGAAACUUGUCAACAAAAUCUAGCUUUUAUAUGUUUAUAAUUUUUUAUUUUUUUUUAAUGAAAGUGUCAGGUUUUACAUGGAUUGCUAUUGUAAGGAACAGAGAAAUUCAUCUUACAACCCUCUUUUCCCUGAAGGUCCAAUAAGGUAUUGUCUAAAUAUUAUCUCUUUGAGUGCAAGAUCUCCUUUUUUUUUUUUUUUUUUUUUUUUACACACACCGUGUGGACAUUCGCUGUUGGCGAAGUUCAAACAGACCUCCCUAGUCAAAUUCUAAAUCGCAGUCUGCCAAAUAAUAUCAGGCUAUUACAGUCUCAUAGUAAUGCAUAAACAAUUUUAAUAGUAAAGUAGUCCUUCGGUAUAAACAACCAUACCAUUUAAAUAAAAAAGACACAUCUGUAAAAAUAUGAAGCCACAAUUUUAUAGACCUAUCCUGCUAAAAAGAUAAAUUAGACACACUGCAUGGUUAUUCAUGGAAAAAUUAAUUUUACAUUUUUUUUUUUUAGGCAACGAAACCAAAGUGGAAAAAUUUCCAAGUCUGAUUUUGUAUUUACUUUAACCAUUUUGGUCUAAUAUUUGCUUUACUUUCUAGUGUGCCUAUGAACCCUACCAAGAUGUGUCGGGUUGAAGAAUUAAUGUCAGUCGGUUGUGUGUGUGUGUGUGUGUGUGCGCGCCAUCUAAUCAUAUAAGCCACACACAGCACAGAUAACGGCACAUGAUUUACAGCACUCCAAUGUUGUCCCAGAGCAGAUUGGCAAGCUUUCGUUUGAGGCCCCACAAAAAACAGAAGAAAAACAAAACUUUUUCUCCCCAUUUUUCGAUUGGAAUAAAUCUCCGGAGAUGCUGUCUUGCUUUUCAUAUUGCAUUCUGACUAGUAACUGGCUAUACAUUUAACUUUGCGUUCUAGAGCCAAGUAGAAGUCAGGUUUCUCUACAAGUAGCAGGAAGAUGAUGCACUAAAAACUCUAUUCCCUUUUAAUAGAAGUAAAUGUUUAUUUUUGAGCAGCGCUUUACAAUUUGCCUCCUGCUCUGUGUGCUUUAGCAGCACAUAUGUUUGUGAACUACGUUUUCACUGAGAUGUGCAAUAUGCACUGCGCGUAUAAAUAAUGGUCUAAGAUCUGGUAUGAAGAUAAAAAUGGUCUAAUGUAGAGCAUGUUAUGUUUUGGCUAACCUACCGUAAUCAAAUUGCUUACAAAAACUGGGUUACAUGGUGGUGCAUUUUUAUUUAUUUUGUGUGUGUUCUACUGUAAAGUUAUUGCAAAGAUAAAGAAAAUUCAACUUUAUCUUAUGCCCCUUCUUUCUGAAAGGCGUACAAAGCCAUGUCAGAAUGCCGAUUAGCUUCCAGUUCGUAAGCACUCUUUUUUUUUUUUUUUCUUACUGUUUCGGGUUUUAGCCACUAAAUCAGGUAUUGGGAGAACUGACAAGAAAACUGCAUUUUGUAGGUCACAGGAGAGAUUAACAUUUAUUUUUUUCCAAUACCUUUCUUAAGUUUAGUGAAGUGACCCAGGAAUAUGUAACUUGACUUAUCUCUGCAAUUAAGCUGCAGGUCAAGGAAAGCCAAUUCACUGUGACAUUACUAUCAGGAAGAGAUGGCAAUAAAAACAAUAAUACACUAAUUUAAAUUCAAAAUAGGACACCUAUUUGAACAAAGCAGAAUAUCUCCGGCAAGCCCUGAACUGAGUCUAAGGGUUGUUUAAAAUGCUUGCCACUUAAAAUAUAUCUCUAGCAUUUAAAGGUACUCUACCAUAAAAUAUAUAUUUUAGCUUUUCAUGCAGUUGGCUAUUUGCAAAUGUCCUUGGUUUUGUUUUUUUGUUUUUUUCUAUUAAUUGGAAUCUAAAUGUCAUUGUUCUUGUUUGCAAUUUUGUCUUUUCAGCUCCUCUGGAUAAAUCCCCUACACUUAUAGUCCUGAUAUCACAGCCGAAGCUACUGAUGAUUAAUUUCUCCCUUACAUUUAAAUUGGGCAGACCUUAGAUCCUGUAGAUUUAAAUUGCCUUUGGGCCGGACCAAGUAAAUGAAAGUGUUAAGUAAUAUUAAAAAAAAAAAAGUUUGAUUGAGCUCUCAGGUUAGAUAGCCUUGCUUGAUUUGUUUGCUUGAUCGCUAAACAAGAUGAGUCCAUACAAACGUCAAUUCCAUAUUUAUACGGCUUCAAGAUAAUCUGUCUGCUAAAUAAAGAACUGGCGCUGCCACAAGGUACAGAAUACAAAUAUAGUUUUCGAGAUAAAUUUUGAAAUUAAUAUCAUUUUAAUUUCAGUUCCAAACCACUUUGAUUUGUUUGUUCUAUUUAUUUUGGGGGAUUUGUGACCUUAAUAAAUGAGGCCUCGUUGAAUAAUAUGGUAUUGUAGUGUUAUUAAAUUGCAA